AUGGGGUCUUCGCACAGCUCUGGGCAGCUACAACCAGUGCGCGAACCUGCAGCACUGCUGAACACGGGAGCCGGUAUCAUCAUUCGACUCCCAGACCCUGUGGGUGGUGCAUCCACUUACGAGCAUAACUCGCGACUUUCGACUUCACUCGCAUCAAUCGCAGACGUUGAUGAGAAAUUUCGAGGACAGCAGUCGCGCGUUGCCGUGGUGAGGCCAGGCGAACGAAAUCAAGCGCUGAAGGGAAGCAUUGUGUAUCUGAAGAAAGCCCCGCGUAGCUCACCUCACAGCUCUUAG